AUGCAGCAACUCAACUCAUCCAAUAACUCACUCACCACCUCAAUCCCAACUGGAAACCUGGUUGCCAGUAUUGUAAUGGCAAUUUGCUUCAUGCUGGGAGUCCCUGGGAAUAUCGCUGUAGUGGUACGUCUGGCUGGAUGGUUGAAGGGAGGCAGUUUCACCCCGAGACUGAUGCUAAGCCUCGCCAUAUCAGAUCUGCUCACUCUGCUUCCUCUGCCAGUUUGGAUUUGGACUCUUCUUCAUGGCUGGGUCUUUGGCGUGGUCCUGUGUAAGCUUCUCUCCUAUUUGUUGUACUUCUGCAUGCAUUGUAGCAUACUGUGUGUGGUUUUGAUGAGCAUUCAGCGAUAUAUGCAAGUGCUGCAUCCUCAGAAAUGGAACAAGCUUGGCAGGAAAGGAAAGAAGAUCCUCUUGAGUGGAAUUUGGAUCUUAAGUGGAGUAAUAUCAUCCUAUGCUCCUCCAAAAGAAGAAGAAGCAGCUCUUGUACAGCGUACGCCAAGUACAAAUGAGGAAAGAAAGCUUCAGUGCAAGCAAUGCUACCAGAAUAAUGUUCAAACAGUGGCUACUUUAAUCUUGGAGAUUAUAAUAUUGAUGGUUUCAUUCCUCACACUGGCUUACUUCUACUUUCGUUGUCACCGGGGAGUUAAUAACUCAACUUUCUUUAGCACUAACUUAAUAACAAAGCUGGUGAUCAGAAUUAUGGCCUGUUUCUUUAUUUUUUGGAUUCCAUUUCACAUCAUCAACAUUGUGCUCAUCAUUGCCGUGUUGCUUGAGAAUGCCAGUCUGUUAAGAUCUAUAGAAGCUGCUGACAAUAUUACUACAGCUCUUGUUUUCAUUAACGGUUGUGUGGACCCCUGA